AUGGGAAUUGUGGAGAAAAUUGCUGAAGUAGAACGGGAAAUCUCACGAACUCAGAAAAAUAAAGCAACGGAAUAUCACCUGGGACUUUUGAAGGCUAAACUAGCGAAGUAUCGUCAACAGUUGCUAGAACCAGUUGGUGGUAAAGGCGGCUCUAAAGGAGAUGGUUUCGAUGUAAUGAAAAGUGGUGAUGCCAGAGUUGCGAUGGUAGGUUUCCCAUCAGUCGGAAAGUCUACGCUUCUUUCAACCAUGACAAGUACCCACUCAGAAAUUGCUGGCUAUGAGUUUACCACGCUAACUUGCAUUCCUGGUGUUAUAAAUUACCAAGGUGCUAGUAUCCAGCUUCUGGAUUUGCCAGGAAUUAUAGAAGGAGCGUCACAAGGGAAAGGUCGUGGACGACAAGUUAUUGCUGUUGCUAAGACUGCCGACGUCAUUCUGAUGAUGCUCGAUGCUGGUAAAUCGGACCAUCAACGUCCGCUUUUAGAAAAAGAGUUAGAAACCGUUGGAAUUCGCCUAAAUAAACGUCCACCCCACAUCUACGUGAAGCAAAAGAAGAUUGGCGGAAUUAAGUUCACUCACACCGUGCCUUUAACUCACUGCAAUGAGAAAAUGGUCAUGACAAUACUACACGAAUAUAAAAUUUUCAAUGCCGACGUUGUGUUUCGAGAAGAUGCAACUGUCGAUGAAUUUAUUGAUGUCAUACAGGGAAAUCGUGUUUACAUCUCGUGUUUGUACGUUUACAAUAAAAUUGACCAAAUUUCAAUAGAAGAAGUUGACCGGUUAGCAAGGUUGCCCCACCAUGUUGUAAUAUCGUGCGAGAUGAACUUAAACAUGGACUAUCUUCUAGAGAAAAUAUGGGAGUAUUUGGCGCUUGUUCGAAUUUACACAAAAAAGCCUGGAAACGCACCUGAUCUAGGACCUGAGGACGGAAUUAUUCUGAGGGCUGGAUGUACAGUUGAGCAUUGCUGUCAUGCUUUGCAUCGAUCGCUUGCCAGUCAGUUCCGCUACGCCAUUGUUUGGGGAACGAGUACGAAAUUCUCUCCUCAGAGGGUUGGAAUUCAUCACAAACUUGAUCACGAAGACGUCAUACAAAUAGUGAAGAAAUAG